AUGGCACUAUCUAUUUUCCAUCUUGCUCGAUGGUUUAAAUUGUUAUUGGUUAGUAUAUUGAUGUGGGGCGGGUCCCUGAUAGGGUUGUUACUUAACGGUAUUAACAGUUUUCUGUUUAGACCUGUGUUCAUCACAGGAAAAUGUUUGCUAUGGGACCCUCUAAUGAUUGCAUCAAGAGUAACUACAUCGUUAGUUCUACUUCCGAUAAAUAUUCCAUUGUAUAUCGUCCUGGGAACAUCAUUUCAACGAUUGGCAUCCUAUGGUCCUAGUUUCCUUAAUGCUCAUAUCUUAUUGACUCUGAUACAAUACACUAUGGUAUUAUUCAUUUUUGGUGUCAUUAUCGGUUCCUUUGUGGGUUCAGUCUUAGGUAUGACACAUUAUUAUUUGGGAAUACCUAACGUCUAUCUAGAUUUAUCAUUAUUGGGUCAAUACGUGAUUAAUAAAGUUAAAUCUUUGAAAAAUCUGAUAAAUAAACCUAUUUCAAAUAUAUUACAAACGUUGAAAAAUCUAGUGAUGAAAGUAUUUAGUCGUUCUGAUAAUACGACAACAACUAUGAAACCAAAGGAAUCUGAUAUGGAUGCGCCUAAGAUAAAAGUUCCUGUGGCGGUCCACUCAAGAUCAAACUCCACUACGAGUGUACUUGAUGUUGCCUCCGUGAUGCCUAGUGAUUUCUUCCAACCAGGGGAGAAACCCAAGGAAUUGGUUCUUCAAGUACAACCUACGGUUCAAACGAAACAACAACAUACGGUGUAUAACACUCCAACGCAAUCCCCACAGAGCUCACCUACUUUGUCCCCACAACAAGAACCAGAAGUCUCAAAUGACUCGUCUCUAUUGGAAUCAGAACCUUCAGUAACUGAAUUAUGGGAUAGAUUUGAUUCCAUUGAUAGUGCGGCAGUUCAUGGUACUAUGAGAACAGAUAACACAACAAUGCGGACUACAAGAGUUAGUAAGAAACCUCGAAGACAUAGCGACACUUUCGCAGAUCGAUCUCAAUAG